UGUUCUUCUAAUUGUACAAAAUCGAAUAUUCAACAUAUGGAAAAAUCUGCAACUUAUUUUGAUCAUUCAUAUGCUCCUGAAAGAGUUUCUAACUUAUUGCCCAACUCCACAAUCAUCGUUAUUUUAACCAAUCCUGUAGAGCGCGCAUAUUCCUGGUAUCAACAUAUGAAAGCCAAUAACGACUCAAUAGCAAAGGAUUUUAGUUUUAAUUCGAUCGUAAAUUUCAGUGUUAAUAGUUCUGGACUCGUUUCCAAUUUAAGUAUCAAGAUUCUAAAAUUACAAAAUAGGUGCCUCAAUCCAGGAAAAUACGUUAUUCAUCUAUAUCGUUGGCUGCAAUAUUUUCCCCCUGAGCAGAUUGUUUUGGUAGAUGGCGAAAAAUUGAAGAUAGACGCUCCGGCCGAAAUGACAUCGCUUCAGAAUAAUUUGAAUUUAGAUACGAAAAUAAAUUACAAAAAAAAUUUAAGGUUUGAUACUACCAAAAUGUUUUAUUGUCUAAAACUUGGUACAAAGGUUAAAUGCAUGCCAAAGAGUAAAGGAAGAAAUUAUCCACCAUUAGACCAUUCUACUAGGGAUUUUUUGAACCAAUAUUACAAGCCUUACAAUACUGAAUUAAAGAGAUGGUUGAAUGAUAGGAAAUUUAAAGGAAAAGUUAAACCUGCAUGGAUAUGAUCGACUAAUAAAUUUAAAUUUUAACAUUUAAAGUGUCUAAUGAUAUAUGGAUUUAAUUUAUAUACAAUCAUGUUUA